CGCUGCCUUUGAACGGAAAGAACAAAAAAUUAAAGCUGACGCGAUUUUGUUUUGAUUCCUUUCACCGCCCUUCUCUCCCUCUACCCAACGGCGGCGGCAGCCACCGCAGGAAUCCUUUUCCUCCACCGCAGGGGUCCUCUUUCUCUGUCCCCCUCCCCCGAGUUAUUGCAUCAUCAAAUAGAAACAAGAAAAGGGGACAGGUUACUAUCGAUAUAGGGUUUCGGCGAUCGAUUUAAUUUCCGGAUUCUUUCUCACCGAGAUUUCCUGUCGCUAUUGUAGACCCUUCAUCCGAAGCUUGUUUCAAUUCAUUUUUUUGUUACUGAUACAAAAACAAAUAGGCGAUUAUGGAUUUAGACGGCGGCAACAGGCGCGUCUUUAACCGACUAGGAGGUCCAUCAGCUGCCCUGCCACCCGACUCCUCAAAAAACCAGAAAGUUUGUUAUCAUUGGAGGGCCGGUAAGUGCAGCCGUUUCCCUUGCCCUUUCCUGCACCGUGAAUUGCCUCAUCCUUCGGGCCCCACAUCCGCCGUUGCUAACGGAUCGGGUGCCCCCAAAUGUUUCUCCGGUGAUUCUGGGUUUUCGGGUCCGACCCCUCGACGAGGCCCCAACUUCAAUAAUAAUCGUAAUAAUAAUUGGGGGAGAAUGGGUGCUAAUAAGGUGGUCAGGAAAACGGAGAAAGUAUGCAAUUAUUGGGUGCAAGGGAACUGUAGUUACGGAGAUAGGUGUAAGUUUCUACAUUCCUGGAAUUUAGGGGAAGAAUUUACCUUGUUGAAUCACCUUGAUGGACACCAGAAAGUUGUUACUGGAAUUGCGUUGCCAGCAGGUAUGGAUAAGCUCUAUACAGGGAGUAAAGAUGAGACUGUGAGGGUUUGGGAUACCAACACUGGUCAGUGUAUAGGUGUUCUUAAUCUUGGUGGUGAAGUAGGUUGCAUGAUCAGUGAAGGUCCUUGGCUUUUUGUUGGCGUACCUAAUGUUGUUAAGGCAUGGAACACCCAAACUAACCAAGAGCUCAGUCUUAGUGGACCUGCUGGACAAGUUUAUACUUUGGUUGUGGGUAAUGAUUUGCUCUUUGCUGGCACACAGGAUGGUACUAUUUUGGUAUGGAAAUUUAAUGUUGUCACUAACAGCUUUGAAUCAGCAGCAUCGCUUAAGGGCCACACCGUUGCAGUUGUAUCAUUAGUUGUUGGAGCUAAUAGACUAUACUCUGGUUCCAUGGACCAUUCUAUAAAGGCCUGGAGUCUAGAAACUUUGCAGUGUCUACAGACUUUGACAGAGCACACUAAUGUUGUGAUGUCCUUGCUUUGCUGGGAGCAAUUUCUUUUAUCUUGCUCAUUGGAUCAAACAAUAAAGGUGUGGGUAGCUACUGAAAAUGGAAACUUGAAAGUUACAUACACUCACAAUGAAGAAAAUGUACGUGGGGUUGUUGAAUCUUUAGGAAUGCAUGACUCAGAAUCCAAGCCUGUUUUGCUGUGUGCAUGCACUGACAAUUCCGUCCACCUCUAUGACCUGCCCUCGUUCUCGGAGAAGGGUAAAAUUUUUGGCAAGAAAGAGAUUCGAGCAGUUGAGGUAGGCCCUGGUGGCCUAUUUUUCACUGGUGAUGGAACUGGUUUUAGAGUGUGGAAGUGGACAGAACCAGUUCCCAAGCCCUGAUGUGUUCCGGCAUCCAACAACAUAUGCAUCAACUAUGUAUUGUUGGUGUUAUUAUUUUAUUUCUUCUCAUCCUUUACUAUGGGGUGGGUUUCGAGCUAGCAGUAGAAAUUUCCGAGUUAAGAGAAAACAAGUA